AUGUCAAAAAGUGCAGAAAGAAACAAAGCUAGGUUUGACAAAUCCGUAACUCAUUGCUCUUUGGAGAUUGGUGACCGAGUAUUGGUGAGGAACGUUAGGUUACGCGGGAAGCACAAGUUAGCAGACAAGUGGGAGUCUGAGGUGUAUGUUGUGGUGAGUCAGGCAGCUGAAUUGCCAGUUUACACUGUUCGUCCAGAGAGAAAGGACGGUCCUCUGCGUACUCUUCACAGAGAUCUGUUGCUCCCGUGUGGGUUUUUACCAUCUUCCGAAGUUGAACCACCCACUUUACACGAAUCCAUCUCAAAACCUCGAACGCGACAGAAUCCUAAAGUUCUGUUAAUUGAUGACGUUUCCCUUUCUGAUUCCGAAGAAGGAACUUCAUAUUGCGAGUACAGUCAUACUCCAAAAAUAGAGACCGUACGUUUCUCUACAGUUCAUGAUAUCGGUACGGAAGGAGAGACAUUGAAUGCUGAUUUUGCUGAUAACUCGGCCGAACAAACUUCCCCCACUGGCGUUAUCCUGCAGGGCGACCAGAGUGAUAAUUUACUUAUUGAAGCCUUACCGAUCGAAAAACCUGGUGAACACUUACCUCUUUAUGUUUCCGGUGCCCUUGAGCAAAGUAACUUACCUGAUAAGGGCCAAGUUGAAGCUGUAAUGGGUAAUUCCGUUGAUGAAGUUGAAGUAACCAGUGUUGUCGAAAGUUCAGAUGUUCCUGAAAGAGCAGAACAACAAUCAGAAGAAGAGAUAGACACUUUACCGAGACGUUCUGUCAGACAGAGAGAGAAACCAGAGCGACUUACUUAUUUCCAGCCAGGAAACCCAUUAAUAUAUGUGGUCCAAUCUUUGUUCCAAGGUCUGAAUUCGGCUUUUGUUCAAUCUCUUGGUGGAGAUGAAAAUCUGAAUGUCCUUCCCUUGCUGUCUAAUGGUUUACACGGUGUGGUCACCAGUCAGCCCAGCAGAACAUGCAAAGGGACUUGCAUGAAUUUAGGAGGGGAGAAUGUAACACAGAUUAAAUGAAGUUAAUUAUUUUAUUUAGACAAUUUAGUUACAUGAUUGUCCCUUAAUAAAAGUUGAAAAGUGAUGUAUUAUAAAAAGAAAAAAAUGAUUUAACUCAAACAGUUGACGUUUUAAGUUAUUACUAUUUGAUUGGUGAUUGACCAAUGAGCGAGCUCCGUCAUCACGCGCUGUGUGUGUGUGGUUGGACGCGCCUGCGUAACGAGAAGAGAGCUGAGCAUAGAGGAGAGAAGACGCGAGUCGAUCUCUGCGAUCAAAACUAGAAGUGUAUAAUUGAAGAAAAGUAGAAAACCUUUAAUUUGAUAAAUUUAAUACCAAGCAGCGUAUGGAGAAGCCGAGUGAAUGUUGAGUCACAUUUCACUCCAGGCUUAGAGUGAAUCGUGUGGGUAUUCAUCGUUCACCAACGCCAUUGCUGGCCGACGCGUGCCUGUGAGACGUGCUUGGGUGAAAGCAAAAGACGCUAAAUAUAGAAGUUCACCGGCGCCAUUAUUGGUCACAUGCGCCUGUGUGAGGAAUACAGAUAGGAUUGUUCUAGAGGUAAAUUAGUGUAAUAUAUGAUGUCUUGAAACACAUAUUUGUGUGUUUAAUUGUUUAUUUUGAUUGUUUCGAUCUUUGAUGUGAAAUUAUUUUUGAAAUCACUAAAUGAAUGCUCUGGUCUGUGAUCAGGCCAGGUUUUUUUGUCCCUUUCUUUUUUUUUUCUCUUCUUCCUUGUACUUCUAUUUUUUUUCCUUGGUUCUGGAUUGUGAUCUUCUGCGAUAUCCUGUGAAAUUCACGUUUGAUGGCGAGCCACCCGAAUCUGCUACAGAGAGGAAAAGACUACAAUUCAUAAAGAAGAGGACAAUAUCCUUUCUUUCAUUCUCCAGUCUUGCUUUAAGUAAGACAAUUCCUAUUAGAGACUAUUGAAUACUUUUUUUUUUAGAUUGACAAAUACAGGGAUUGACAGGAAACUGAUCCAUGCUUUGAAUAGCAUUGAACACUCUUAUUGGUGUAUGGUUACCCAUAGCCAUAAGUUGAUUGAAAUUGAUAUGUGAUAUAUUUUGAGAAAGGUGUUUUAAAAGGAAAAAAGACACCAUUCCUUUGAGUAUUUUUGUUUAUUUUAUUUCUUUUUGUCAUUUCAUUUACUAGUCUGUACAAUACUUUUCUGUUUUCUGGGGUAAAAGAAGAGUGCACUCUCGAGGGGAUUUUCAUGCUUGAGAUUUGUAUCAUUGCCUGAUAUUGUAUUUAACCUGAUUAUAAUUCUCACUGGAAAUCUAAUUACAUACCAGCUUGCAUCUAACUUGUGUUGUCUGUUGUUUCUCACUACAACCCGCUACCUCCUUUACGACUCUUAGAAUCUUCUGAUAAA